AUGCCGAAUGAAUACGGAGACUCAUUAAACGAAGCCAUUGCGCCCCAUCAGAUCACUCCCUCACCCAACCCAAACCCUCGUCCUCGACGGAUAUCCAUGGCUGACAUCCUCGACGAUGUUCUAGUGCUGAUCUUCUAUCAAGUCUUCAAAUCCACAGGUCAACGUAGUCAUAAGAAGGGGAUACAUUUCCCAGAGUCAGUUGCCUCGGUUUGUGCGCGAUGGAGGGCAGUGAUGUUCUCCGUAUCGGAGUUCUGGAGUGUUCUGCUCAUUGGUACCUCGGACUGGGAUAUGUCGACACAAUUGCCAGUUAUAUGCCAAGUCGAAACUGUUACUCCGACCACCGGGACUCUAGAGGCACCCAUCUUGGAGUCGAUGGACAUCCAUGGGAUGUCCUUGCGCCAAAUGUUCGACUGUGGGACCCCAAUGCUCCCCAAAGUCAAUGAGAUCCGCAUUGAUGGCUAUGACUACCACGAAUUCCCUCCAUUCCCAGUGGCCGAUUUCGUUAGAUUGCUGUACAAGCUACCGUCGCUACGCACGCUUCGUUGCAGCGACAUCGAAUUGACUCCAUCUGGCGAUGAGCUUGCCCCACCCGACCUCGGAAAUCCUCCAGAGAUCAAAGUGGUGGAGUUCACGAGAAUGGACGGCGACUGUAUACAGGAGAUCAGUUCACGCUUAGGCCGGCCCACAGUCCCCCUUGCUCAUUACACCAAAUGCAGGAUCUUGGAGCCGUUGGAACUGUUUCGCACGUCAGGAUCAUGCAUUCUGACCGACAUGGACACGGAUUGGGAUAUUCUGAAUAUCCUAAAGGACCAGAACGGCCCACAAUGUUCGACACUCCACAUCGAGGGCAGCCCAUUCUGGGAGGACAUGGUCGAACUCCUGGCCGGGCCUUUACCUGAUGGUAGCUGGAUAUGCCCGAACUUGACCGAGCUUAUUCUUUCAGGUUGCUGUGAGGGAUUUUUCGACGACAGGCCGGCGCAGCGAGCCCUUGUGAACAUGAUCAAGGCUCGCGACGCUUUGUAUAACAGCACAGGACUUCCGCCCCAGGGACAUCCUGACCAUGUCGUCUCGUCUUUAACGAGGCUGACGGUGGACGCCAAAGGACGUUUCGGGCGUUAUAUCGAGGCAGAUGAUCUUGAAUGGCUCGACGCUAAUCUCGCUUCCGUACGUUGGGGUGAUUGGUCAGGGGGUACUAAGGAGCAUGGCGAAUCGGAAUCCUCGACUGAGGAAACUGACAGUGAGACCAACGACUCGUGCGAAGAAUAG